GUCCUUGUGGCUUUGAGGCCUCCUCCAGGUCGUCGGCCCAUUUAUCGCCUCACAAAGCCACCCAGCUUCGACUCUCUUCCUCUUCGAAUCACACUUGUUAUCCUCGGAAUAUCUCAUAUCUUAUAGCCAGGGAUUCGCGACUGAACGCGUUCUCUGACGCGCUUGCGGCCCACCAUGCCACAAGCAUCCCGCAAGAACACGAAACAAGAGGACAAAGAUGCUCAGAGGGCUCUCGAGAAGGAGAGCAAGCGCAAUCGCGGCGCCAUGUCCUGUGCCGAGUGUAGGCGGCUAAAGCUUAAAUGCGAUAAGACCGUUCCUUGCUCGUCAUGUAAGCGCAGAGGCUGUUCUGCCAUAUGUCCCAAUGGCAGCCUCAUCACUGGCCAGGGGACUCGCUUCGUCCUUGCGGACACGGAGAAACUUCAUUCCAAAAUUGCGGAGAUGUCAGACCGGAUCCGUGUUCUCGAGGAUGCACUAUCAUUACAUGAGGCCAAGCACCCCCUUCUCGCGCGCGAGUUCCUUACAAUCAAAUCUGUCAUCGACCUCCACGCCGCAAUCGACGCUUCACGCGCCGCAGGAUUAUCCAGCACACCUGAAGCAAACGAAGGCGAGGAGGAGCAAGAAGGGGACCAGCAAGCAUACGUGAACGCCUUCGGUACCCUCGCGAUACGCGACGACGGUGCUUCGACGUUCUAUGGCCCGUCGGCUGGUUCAGAGUCACUCCUCGCCGGCGAAGUUACAGAAUCAACACCCUCCCCACAAGCCGAACCCCCCCAACACUACGCUAUGCGCCCCGACUACCUCCCCGCUGGCAAGGCCAUAUCACACAUGUCAGGCGCAUUCCCUCAAGCACCCUCCGCCGUCUUCGACGGCAUGGACGUUGAUGAGCUCGCAUACGAGACGCUGCCCCCGUGGCCGCGCGCCGCGCAGCUCACGGACCUCUACCUCGCCCAGGCCCCAUGGUUCUUCGGCGCCGUCACGCGGCGGCAGCUCCUCGAGGAGUUGCUGCCUGCGUGGUACCCGGAGGCACGCAAGAGCUCGUCGCCAAACCCGCUCCCGGGCACAUCGACACCCUCGAGCAGCAACGGCGAGGCGCGCGGGCCGCACGAGCUCGCACUGCUGUUUGUCGUGUUUUGCUUCGGUGCGAUGACGGAUGAGGCGCUCCCCGCGGCGCCGGCGAACGAGGAGGCGGACAAGUAUCACGUGUAUGCGCGGGCUGCGCUGGGGCUCGGGCCCGUGCUGGAUGGGCCGCCGUCGGUCGCGACGGUGCAGACGCUGGCGAUGCUUGCGAUUUAUCAGGGGAUGUGCGCGGGCGAGCAUAGUAUCGAGAGCACUUGGAGUACGUUUGGGCUGGCGACUAAGCUGGCGCAAAGUAUUGGUCUUCAUCGUGAUUGUGCUCGAUGGAUGCUCACACCAGCCGAGGUUCAGAAGAGACGUGCCCUUUUCUGGGAGUUGUUUAUCACAGAUGGAUGGCAGAGUCUCGCUACCGGUAGACUGGCAACGUUUUAUUUGCCUUACGUUGAUUGUGAACUUCCUGCGGACCCCGACAGCAAGCUCGAUGAGGAGGGAACUCCUGUCCUGAGCUUCCCUGCCUGGAAAGCGCGGUUCGGCCAUCGCUGUGUUGCUGCCGUGAUUGAGCAGUCGCAGACAGCCAAAGUCCCGAAGUACAGCACUAUUGUUGAACUUGACCGACGAAUACGUGAUAUGCCCCUGCCCAAAUAUUCGGAAGACCGUCCGCCAGAGGGUGCGAAUCUGUCGGAGACCAUGGAACAUUUUAUGCCCCAUAACUAUCGUCACCUCACAUUGCUCUACGUUCAUCGUUGCUUCUUCGCCGAGGCUCUGUCGAAUAAUCCGUCGGAUCCGAUGAGGAGCCCAUACGCUCCUUCUUUCCUUGCAGGAUACAAAUCUGCGUGUGAACUGUUGGGAAACUUGCGUUAUGCAUUCAAGCGUUUCCCUGCUCAGAUGGCGCGAUUCUGGGUAUUGUGGACGCAUUGUUUCUCUUCUUCGGUCAUGCUGGCAUCUAUCAUAACACAUGCUACUGGAGCGGGAACGAAGAGCAAGAUGACGUCUGCUGCGCUUACGGAGCUGCGUCGCGCUGUCGAUUUGUUUGAAGAAGGCGCCAAGUAUGGUGGACGUGCAGUCAAAUUCUUGCCUAUCCUGAAGCGUCUUUUGCAGAAAGCAGAGCAAGCUUAUAGUAAUGUCGCCCCUCAAGCCACCCCAGACAUUUUCACUCCUUCGGUACCUGGUCCUAAGCCUAAGGAUGAACUUUCUAUAUUCAGCGGACAGACGCACACCGUCAACACGAAGGCACCACCGAUUGCGUCCAAGAUAGCACGUACAUCAUCAGCGACCCUUUCCAUGACCUCAACCUCAAGUCCCACCGCGACGGCGAGCUCGACAACCCAGAUCAGCGGCGAUUCGGCGCCUACAGCUGGUGGACCUGCGCCGCUUACGGGAGUGCCUGUACUACCGCAGCCACCUCUAGAAGGAGUGUUGGCGCAGCAAGCAAGAGACACGGUCAAUUUGCACCCGAACCUUGUUGCGCAAUGGAACGGACUCGAGGGGCACCUCAAUGCGCAGCUGUACGAUGCCCAGCGGGAUUCGUAUGACGAUGAGGACACAUACAUGACGCCCGCUACCGCGAGUUUCCCGCAUCCGCUCCUUCUGCCUGCGCAGCCGGCGGAGAGCUCUGGAGCACCAGUUUCCGAGCCACGGUAUCCCCAGUACGAGCAGAAACAAGAACAGCACCGUACGGUGCCGCAAAUCCAGGUGCAGGCGCCACCGCCGAUCGAGGUGCCGCAGUUGCAGGCGCACGAGGCGCAGAUGGAGCAGGGCACCUCGCCUGUGUACUCGCAGCAGGCGAACUAUGCCUAUAGGGAUGCCUAUCGGCCACCGCAGCAGCAGCAAGAGCCUCCGCGCGAUACGAAGCCCUACCGGGACGAGCACGAGCGCCAUCAGCAGCAGCAGCAGAAGCAGCAGCGGGAAGAAGAGGCACGGCAGCGCGAACGGGAGCAGGAAGAAUGGCACCGUCAGCGCGAGCAGCAAGAGGCGUACGAGCGCCAUGCCCAGCAGCAACGGGAGCGCCAGCAGCAGUACACGUACCAGUCGUUCGCUGCACCCAAGCACCAGCCUGCUCAGCAGCACCAUCAUCAGCAUCAACAGUACCCGAGCGACCGGACGGAGUAUCACCAGACUUACGUCGCCCCGGGCACUGGCGGACCGCAGUACGACGACGGUGCAGGGUAUCAACAGCAUCAGCAUCAGCAGGAGUACGACCAGCGGUAUUCGCAGCACUACAGCGUUCAGCAGCAGCAGCAACCGACGCAGGAGCAGUACUGGCAGCAGCAGCAGGCGUACGACGCGCAGGGCUAUGCGUACCCACCACAAACGAGCAUCGGCUAUCCGCUGCAGUCUGGCGAGUUCCCCGCGUACCAGCACGAUCAGCACAUUCAAGAACGCUGGCAGAGUCUGGGCCAUUAUAUUGGCUCGCCUCAGCGGCCGACGUAGUCCGCUGGCUCGGUCAUGUUCACGCUGUGGUUUUUGUUGUUGAUUGGCGCAAGACCACGGACGGAGCCGCUUUAUUAUGAUUAUGGCUUUUGGAAGUUGUGAGAUUUAUCUGGGCUUAUCACUGUUUCUUGAUAUGCACGUUAGCAUUGACAUUGACAUUCACCCAUCUACGUUCGCGUUUCUUGCUCAUCCUCGUUAUUCGCGAAGCCGUCCGUUUUGUCUUCAUUCCCUUUCUCGCAUGUCGACUGCUUUUCUAUCCGCACUCAUAUCAUCUUCACCACCUUCCUCAUCAUCCCCCGCAUAUCUCAUUUUUUGUUAACGUUUCACGUUCUUCGUUAUUACCUUUGCCUUGCACCAUAAUUUAUAGUCUUAGAGCACAGGCGUGUUUUGCUCUUGCAAGCACAGCGCGCCUUGUAUUUCAAUAAUAUACCUACGCAUCUCUCGGACUCAACUGUAACCCGACUCUUAAUCCAGCAGCUUGUGUAAAUAGCAUUCGACCAUUAUUCCUGAUCCUAUCUAUCUACAUUGUAUUGAAUUCUGCAUACGUACUACUCUGUUCGUAGGGCGGCAAUGAUGAGACAUCCC